CCGCCGUAACCAAACCCACUCUCUCAGUUGGCGUCUGGAGCUGCCUGCCUGCCUGCCUGCGCCCUCACCUUCCUGCGUGUCCCGGCGUUUUAAAAAUCACAAGAAAGGGGGGAAGACUUUACACGGCACGCACAUGGGAGAGCGCAGCAUUUUUCUUUUUUUUUUGAAUUCCUGCACGAUGGCUUAUAUAUGAGGGAGGACACUUGGUGAUGCGGACAUAAACAAGCGUCUCCACGGACAGAGAGAGAAGCGCAUGAGAAAACACAACGCCGUCUGUCCUCUCCCGACAACCGAGAAGGACUCCUCCCCGCCACGGCUGUGACACCACCGGUAAAUCGCCGAGGACAAGGAUAACAGUCCGAUUCUUCUUUUUUUUGUACAUUGGAAACGACAGUCUAACGUUGCCAUUCAUCCGCCACUGACUGUAUGGCUUUAAAAAGUUGCCUGGAAAACAUGGACAUCUGACGUGCGCCUCACAUCGUCAUUGGACACAUUGAGCCCCCCUCUCCUGUUUUUUUUUUCUCCAUCACAUCUCGGGCUCACUAAUCCCCCUCUGCGCUUUCGGUUUGGAGUAAGAAUAAGUGUUCAGCAGUUGUCAUUUGCCCUGACACCGGCUACAUCCAGUAGAGCUCCCUUGUAGAGAGAGAGAGAGAUAGAGAAAGAGAGGCAACACUCACUAGCAGAGAAGACGCUGCCUGUUGUGCUGCGCAUUUGUGGGCUUUAUGCUGAUCUCACUGUUUGUGCAUUAGAGGGAGAGAUAUUUUGUCAGCCCACCACGGAUUUGUCAGAGCUGACAUCCUGCACGAAUUAAAAAAAAAAAGCUCCAUGAUUCAUCUGGACUCUCUCGCCCCGCAUCCGAGAGAGAAAACACAGUGACGCGGUGUUGGUUCUGUAACUUCACAUAACCUGAACAAGUGUCAUCCUCCCAAGUGUCACCCUCGAAUGGUCGCAUCACAGCGCGCUUCUCCACUCGCCUUUUCCAUGUUGCAUUCGUUUGGCAUUCGCAGUUCUGCGCCAGCAACACACGGCCACAUGUGAAUGAGACUGUCCCGGUUGAAGCGCCCCGUACAACUCGACUGACUGACCGACCGCUGAAGAGGAAUACGUGCCGAAGUUUCGCUGUAGUGAUGCUGCAAUUGGAAAUGGUCCUCUUCGUCUGCCUGGUGCUGUUGAUGUGUGUUUUUAGCCAGGAGCCCAGCUCCAAAGUAGUGGCCGACCGCUACGCUGUCUUCUGGAACCGGACCAACACCAAGUUCCAUCGUGGGGAUUACCACAUCGACGUGUGCAUAAACGACUACCUGGAUGUCUACUGUCCUCACUAUGAAGACACAGUGCCUGAGGAGCGGACAGAGCGCUACGUCCUCUACAUGGUCAACUACGAUGGCUACAGCACAUGCGACCACACCGCCAAGGGCUUUAAGCGCUGGGAAUGCAACAGGCCGCACUCACCGAACGGACCGCUCAAGUUUUCUGAGAAGUUCCAGCUCUUCACUCCAUUCUCCUUGGGCUUUGAGUUCAGACCGGGCAGAGAAUAUUACUACAUCUCCUCCACCAUUGCUGAGAACGGGAGGAAAACAUGCCUGAAGCUCAAAGUUUUCGUUCGACCAUCAAACAGCUGUGUGAAAACUAUAGGCGUACAUGACCGCGUUUUUGAUGUAAACGACAAAGUAGACAAUACAUUAGAACCACGAGAUGAUACCAGCCACGAACCGGCUGAGCCUUCCCGAAGAGAAACAAAUGCCGCGCCUCACCUGCAGAAAACAAGUCAACUUCUGACUUCAUUGCUGGUCUGCCUAGCAGCACUCUUCACUUUAUAGCGCCUCCCAAUGUCCCGGAGGUCAUUUACACCUAGCGUGGCCUGAAUCUGCCCGAGGCUGCAGGGUAGGGGGUGGGAUCUGGGUGGAUCGCGUUUGCUUGAUUGGGCAUAAGAGCAGGCUUCUCAAGGAACCCUCUAUUUUUUUCAGAAAAAAAAUAUUUAAGUGGUCUUUCUCCGUCUGUGAGUGAAAAAAGUUGAUGUUAGAAGUGGGAGAGCCAGUUCCCCCUCCUAAACCUUCAACUAAGAUGCCAAAUCCCGUUUUUUGACACUUAGUGAUUCUUAUUUUCCCGUGACUUUUGACACCCCUUUACAUCGCGUUUAUGUCAUUUUGCAGCACUGAUGUUUACCCACAAACACACACGUUUACACAUAUAGCACAUGAACACAGCAUCGCAGAGUCAAAUACGAAAAUGUCUCUACAGCAACAGUCAAUAGUGGUAGAGUUGUGUUUUUUUUUUUUACAAAGCUGUACACAGUAGCAGUAUUACUCAGUAGGAAAGUGAAGAUUCUAGGCCUUAGAAAUGACUGUACAUACAUACACAAGUAAGUAGAUGUCCUGAGACCCCUCAAGUAGCCUUUCACUAGAUCAAGUUCUUCUGGGUGGUUAGGAGCACAUUUUUGAACCAUGAAAGAUAAAAAUGUAGGAAAUGAAGAGUAAUGGUUUUAGGUAGAGGUCAGAAUAGAAAGCACAGCACUGAGAAACACAUACAUGGCAUGCACCUUAGCCCACUGGUCUUCAGACUGUCCCCGUUUAAAGAUAGCGCCCAAUUUUCUCUUGACUGUAAGCAUUUGUAUAUAGUGGAUAAGCUACUUAGAAGUUCAAUGAGUGAGUGAAGGUAAAAUCUAUGGAUCCAGUAUUUAACUCCUUUGUGUCAAGCAUGCCAGUCCGCUCGAUAAAACAUCUCUUAAGAAUCAAAAAACAACUAAAUUGAAACUUGCUCACCAGACUGUUUGCUGACGAGGAUCGAUAUCUUUUGCAAGUUGAUCACACAAUUUCACAGCAACAGCCACAGUCAUUUUAAGCAAUGUUUGCUUAGCUGGGAAGCGAUUGUUCUCUCCAUUUCAGUUGAGUAUUAGUCAAUAUUAACACUCCCAUAAACAUUAGCAUCCAAGCAUGUUUUUUUUUUCCUCUCACUGCUGAUUGUCAAAAUGAUUGUUUAAAAAAAUAUUCACAGCUAGAAUGGAGCCAUUAGCUAUUUUACUUUGCCAGUGGUGUCAUUAAACAUUGUUUUGAACAAUGCUGACACUGUAAAUGUGGGAUUUUUGUACUGUUUGAGAUCCAUUUAAAAGAGAACAAUAACAGAAGUAAUAGGAAAAAGUUUGUAAAGACACUUCAGUUCACAGUGCCAUACUUUUUUAAUGCAUAUUUGUUCCUUAAAUAUAACCCCAGCUUUGACUUAUACAGUAGAUCCUUCUCCCAUUCAGUUUAUUGCAGCAGUCUGUAGAGCAUUUACAGGACUGAUGCAUAGCUCCAAUUAGCUGGAAACGCAAUGUGUAAACAGAAAAAAAGUAUCCGUUAAAUUCAAGGCGAUGCAUCGCUCUAUUUAGUCUAGCCAGGUUUAUGUUAGCACUAAAAUUCAAAGGAAUUCACUGUGCAAUAAGGAUAUUUAGCUUCCUUCAACCCCCACAGAUGCACAUGGUGAUUUAGCACAAUGAAAGAUUUUAAUGUGCAUCUUUUUUGUCUGUUUUUUUUUUUGUUUACUCAGAGAGACAUGCUUGUUUGCUUCCAAGGAAAAAAUAAAAAAAACUCAACUUUGCAGAAACCAACUAGCUUUCAGAGCCCUGAUUGUAUUAGAAAAAGGGCACCAAUUGGUUAGCGGAGACAGAAAAGAGAGAAAUGGAGCAAGAAAAGGAGCACAGGAGCAAUUGCAUGUCCACCUUCAGCUCCUCGUGUUACUGGUUUAAGUGACUCUUUAAUGAGGUUCAAAAUGACAGGCAUGUGGACCCCAUGUUGUGGCAAACGGAGUUAUUUCUGGUAUUAAAAAUAGAUGGUGGAAGGCUUGGGGGGUCUCGGGAGGGGGGUGUAGAUUUCCACCGUGGGGGGUUUUAAAGCACCAAUGACCUUGCAGUUUGAGAGAAUUGGUGAGUGAAGGAGACAGAAAGAAUUAAAGCGGGAGAUGCACACACAGAGAUAGAAAGACACGGGAGGUAGCCGAAGGUUGUGUGACUAGAGUGCCUAACAAAACACUACUGGAGAAACACCUGAUUCAAUGACAAACAUAUAGUCCAGCACCAUUCAGUCUCAAAGGCAUGCACUGUUUUGUUUUUGCUUUGUUUUUUUAUGGCUGCUUUCUUUUCAGUUUUUUAUUUCUUCUUCUCUAGAAAGACUGCCUUUGCCUUUUUGUCAUUUGUUUUUUGUGCUGCGGUAACAAUGCUAUUAAAGCAGAAUAGCAGCUCAGCUAUGAGGGGUAAUAGGAGACGAGGCCAUUUAAUGAGGUACUAAUUUUCAGGAUAACACCACAGGGAAUAAGCACUGCAUAAGAUUCAAAAUGGACACUUGUCAGCAGAUUAACACUAGACUUUUAUUACAAACCAGCUUCAAUUGUACUCUCUUAUAAUUACCAAUACUAUUUGUCAUUAUUGCUAUCAUUACCAUGAUUUGUUCUGUACACAUCUUAACCUGGGAAAUGAGGAUCAACUUAUAUACUGGAUACUGUGUAUCCUGAGGUAGUCAACCAUAAAACAUGUAGUGUUAGGUUAGUAUCUGUUUUGUACCUUUCUGGAGGACAAAAGAAAAAAAUGAGAUACAUCAUUGUUAAAACUGUAUAAUUAUUAUUAUUGUUAUGAUGAUGAUGAUUAUGACUAUUAUUAUUAGGAGAACUUCUUGAUGUAAAUAGUGUUUGAUAUUAAAGUAUUAAUUUGGUUCUUAUGUCUUUUCUAAAAAAAAAUGAAUACCGUAUUAUCUCUGGGUUUUGCGGAGUGUGUACUGUCCUCAAACAAUGCAUUGUGUGCUUUGAUCCUCAAUGCCUAAUGAAACUUUGAGCUAAUAGGAAGGGGAAAACUGUGGGAACUGUACACGCACCGGUGUACACACGGCUGGACAUUAGCCAACAAGAGGCUCACCUCUUACAUGUUUCAAACCAGUCACCGACCUUCACCAUCUCUUCACAUACGGAUCCUGCCUUUGAAAGAAAUACUUGGGACUUAACAGAUAGCCUAUUUGUACUUUUUUGCCUUCAGUGUUUCGAAAGCAUGUUGGUCAGCUCAAAGAUCAGCCACGAGUGGACUGUUGGCUUUUUAACGGAAGGAUCUCACCAGUUUCAUUAUGUGGCAUGCGCAUGAACUUGAUGACAUGUUAAAAAAAAAAAAAGACAAAAAAAGGUUUUUUAAACAAAAGUUUUCUUUUGCUGUUAUUUUCUUUUUCUUUAAAGAUGUAUUAGAUUUUUCGGAUUCACUUUCAUGUUGUGUGUUUUUGCAUCCCCCAUUUGAGUGAUGUCAUUAAAACAGUGUAGUUACAGAUGACAAAUGUACAUAACACAAACCAUUGUUGUAAAGUUACAGUGGGGGUCGGCCAUUUUGUAGUUCAAAAGCAACUUUUAGCUUUCUUUUUCCUAAGAAUGACUCUCUCUGUACCCAUCCACUGAAUUCAUCCCAUGUAGCUGCAAUCUGUCUCCUCUGACUAUUCAUCCUCUUUCUGCUCUCCCAAAGAGGAGCGUAUACAUCAGUGUGGAUGUUUUUUUCCGUGUGAAGAAAAAAAAAAUGUGUGAGACCUAUAAGUUUGAGUGUGUGUGCGUGUCUCAUUUGCUGUUGCUGCAGUGAAUGGGAAGCGGCAACCCUCUUUGGCAGCGAAGAGUGUUUCCCAUGCCUUAGCCCUUCAGCCUCUGCCCUGGCAGCCCCGUCUGUGUACAAGACGCUUUCUGCCAUUGUGCUUUUACACAGAACAGCUGCUGGCGUCGAAGAGACUACAACAGGGCCCUUCACUUUCUCUCCCUUUUUAACAACCCUAAAUCACUUGUCACUACGGUAGACAUCGGUCCUGGGCACAGUUCAAGGAUUAGUGCACCCCCUUCCGCCAAAUCCGAAACUGGAUUGUUAGCGGAGUAAAGCCCAUCAUCGAUCCAGGUUCUGUGUGUUUGGGCAAAGCCUUUUCAGCUUCCCCCUGUUGCUGAUGAGCCACUUGUUCAUUUUAUGUCCUGUCUCAUUCUUCUUGUGCUUGUAUAACCCCCCCAACCACACCACCUGCUGCCCCUUGUUCCUUCACCUUUGAACCCCGCUCCCACUUUGCCAUCAGUGGGGAAUGUUUCCAACCUGCUCUUUUACAGUAUAUAAACGACGACAAAAACUUUGACAAAAAAUUAUCUGUAUUUGUAUAUACACGUGUCUGAGCAACUAUGAGUAAUACAAUAAAACAGAAAUACAUUGCUUUGA